CAAAAUUUGAGGUCAAAAACGCAAAACUCCACACAGAUUUGGAGUUUGGAAGCCGCAAGCGCGAGGCCGGCUUUGGCAUUGCGAAACGAAGACGGCCUCGUCCAGCAGGGGUCAUCCGGGCGCCCGGGUUGUCGCCGUCUCGGCCGCCGGGGGGCGCUCCCUUCCGGCCCGGGUGGUCCGACGCGAGACCCUCGCGACGACGAGGACCAGGAUGGCGGAGGGACCGGCGGACUGUUUCGUCCCUCGCGUCCCGGACGAGUCGUCGGACAGCGAACCGGAGCAGGAACCGGGCAGCCCGCAAAAACUCAUCCGGAAAGUGUCCACUUCCGGUCAGAUCCGCAGCAAGACGGUGUUGAAGGAAGGAGACCUGAUGAAGCAGACCAGUUCUUUCCAGCGCUGGAAGAGAAGAUACUUCAAACUUCGGGGACGGACGCUUUACUACGCGCAAAAUGCUAAGUCCAUCAUCUUCGACGAAGUGGACUUGACGGACGCCAGCGUGGCCGAAUCCAGCACCAAGAAUGUCAACAACAGUUUCACGGUGAUCACCCCGUGCAGGCGGCUGAUCCUGUGCGCGGACAACCGCAAGGAGAUGGAGGAGUGGAUCUCGGCUCUGCGCAGCGUUCAGAACCGACAGAACUAUGAGUCGACCCAGUACAGCAUGGACCACUUCAGCGGUACGCACAACUGGUACGCGUGCUCCCACGCCCGACCCACCUACUGCAACGUGUGCAGGGAAGCCUUGUCCGGGGUCACUUCGCACGGACUCUCCUGCGAAGUGUGCAAAUUCAAGGCUCACAAGCGUUGCGCCGUCCGAGCCACCAACAACUGCAAAUGGACCACACUGGCGUCCAUCGGGAAGGACAUCGUGGAGGACGAGGACGGGGUCCGGAUGCCUCACCAGUGGCUGGAGGGCAACCUGCCCGUGUCGGCCAAGUGCAGCGUCUGCGACAAAACCUGCGGCAGCGUCUUGCGGCUGCAGGACUGGCGAUGUCUCUGGUGCAAAGCCAUGGUGCACUCGGGCUGUCGGGAGCAUCUGUCGGUCAAGUGUCCGCUGGGCCAGUGCAAAGUGUCCGUCAUCCCGCCCACGGCGCUCAACAGCAUCGACUCUGACGGCUUUUGGAAAGCGUCGUGUCCUCCGUCGUGCACCAGUCCUCUCCUGGUCUUCGUCAACUCCAAGAGCGGCGACAACCAGGGCGUCAAGUUCCUUCGGCGCUUCAAGCAGCUGCUGAACCCGGCGCAAGUUUUUGACCUGAUGAACGGAGGACCUCACUUGGGGCUCCGCCUCUUCCAGAAGUUCGACACCUUCAGGAUCCUGGUGUGCGGCGGCGACGGCAGCGUCGGUUGGGUUCUGUCCGAGAUCGACGCGCUGAUGCUGCACAAGCAGUGUCAGCUGGGGGUUCUGCCUCUGGGAACCGGCAACGAUCUGGCCCGGGUCCUGGGCUGGGGUUCCGCUUGCGACGACGACGCCCAACUACCUCAAAUACUGGAGAAACUGGAGCGGGCCAGCACCAAGAUGCUCGACAGAUGGAGCAUCAUGGUCUAUGAGAGCAAGUUUCCACGGCAACACUCCACCUCCACCGCGGCUGAGGACUGCACCGACGACUCGGAGGUCCAGCAGAUUCUGACUUACGAAGAUUCUGUGGCCGUUCACCUCUCCAAGAUCCUGACGUCGGACCAGCACUCCGUGGUCAUUUCCUCCGCCAAGGUUCUGUGCGAGACGGUCAAGGACUUUGUGGCCCGGGUGGGGAAGGCCUACGAGAGGAACACGGAGCGCUCGGAGGAGUCGGACGUCAUGGCCAAAAAGUGUGGCCUCCUGAAGGAAAAGUUGGACCUUCUGCUGUGGACGCUGACGGAGGAGUCCAAGGCGUCCUGUCCGGCGACCUCUCCUCUCCUCCCCGCUCCCGCCGUAGAGGAUCAGGAAGACGGGGGCCCGCCGAGCGCGUUGCCCCUCCUCCGCUCGGUCCCUCGCCCCCCGCGCUCGCCGCCCGUCUUUAAACCUCGCGAGCAGCUGAUGCUUCGUGCCAACAGCCUGAAGAAGGUCAUACGGCAGAUCAUCGAACACACGGAGAAAGCCGUGGACGACCAGAACGCUCAGACCGCGUCGCUGUUCUCUCUGGGCGUGGUGAAGGUGGACGGCGGCCUGGCGGAAGAGGACGAGGACGAGGACGACGCCUCCAAGGAGCGAGCGACUCGCAGAGCCAGUAAGACGCCGUGCGACGGCAGCCAAUCGCUAGGCAGCUCCGCAUCACUUCCCGCCCACGCAGGAAGUCGGGACACCGUGCCAUUGCUCAACACCAAGAUCCUCUAUCCCGGUUUGCGGGCCGGCGUGUCGUCUUCCCUGUCUCAAAGUUCAGUCAUCGGUCAGCUGCUGCUCAACGCCGACUCGUUUGCGUCAUGUGACCCCGAAAACAUGGAGUGCUACAGCGAGAAGUGCGUGAUGAAUAAUUACUUUGGCAUCGGUCUGGACGCCAAAAUCUCUUUGGACUUCAACAACAAGAGAGACGAACACCCCGAGAAGUGCAGGAGUCGCACCAAAAACAUGAUGUGGUACGGAGUUUUGGGAACCAAGGAGUUGCUGCACAGGACCUACAAGAACCUGGAACAGAGAGUUCUGCUGGAGUGCGACGGGCGACCGAUCCCCCUCCCCAGCCUGCAGGGCAUCGCCGUUUUGAACAUUCCCAGUUACGCCGGCGGGACAAACUUCUGGGGAGGAACCAAAGAAGACGACACCUUCGCCGCUCCGUCUUUCGACGACAAAAUUCUGGAGGUGGUGGCCGUCUUCGGCAGCAUGCAGAUGGCCGUGUCCCGAGUCAUCAACCUGCAGCACCACCGCAUCGCACAGUGUCGCACGGUGAAGAUCGCCAUCCUGGGGGACGAGGGGGUUCCGGUCCAGGUGGACGGCGAGGCCUGGAUUCAGCCUCCGGGCUACAUCAAGAUUCUCCACAAGAACCGCAGCCAGACGCUGACCAGGGACCGCGCCUUCGAGAGCACGUUGAAGUCGUGGGAGGACAAACAAAAGGGUGAAUUUCCUCGGGAUCCGAUGGCUCCGGCGCCGCUCGGCAACCGUCCGGAGAUGCUCUCCGAGGAAGAGGCGUCGCUCGUGCGAGACUUUGCGCAGGCGGCGGGAGUCCUCAUCGGCAGCAUUUGUCAGCUGGCUCAGAGUCACCGCAAUCUGGAACAGGAACUGGCUCACGCCGUCAACGCCAGCUCCAAGUCCAUGGACCUGGUCUACGCUCAGUCCGGCGGCGUCGGGACGCUGAGCUGCGGCGCCGCCGCGUCGAUGGUGAAGGACGUGAAAGCGCUGCUCAGCGAGACGGAACUGCUGCUCGCCGGAAAAAUGUCCUUGGCGUUGGACCUGGCCCAGCAGGACCAGUUGAACUGCGCCCUGAGCCGCGUGCGCCACCUUCUGGACGGACUCGCGGAGGUUCCGUGCCUGAACCUGGCCCUCGACCCGGCGGAGCAGCAGGACUCCGCCAAGCCCAGUCGCGGCGGCAAAUUCCGAUUGGUCCCCAAGUUUAAAAAGGACAAAAACAACAAAGUCAAAGAGACUCGCGGCUCUCUGACUCCGCCAGGUGAGCCCCGAAGCCUUCCUUCGGACUCGGGGGCGGCGCCGGAGCCGGGCACUUCCUGUUUGUCUCCCUCAGUUCACCAGUGGGGCACCGAGGAGGUCGGGGCCUGGCUGGACUUCCUGUGUCUGUCCGAGUACAAAGACAUCUUCAGCCGACACGACGUGCGAGGGAGCGAACUGCUGCACCUGGAGAGGCGAGACCUCAAGGACCUGGGCGUGAGCAAGGUGGGCCACAUGAAGAGAAUCCUUCAGGGCAUCCGAGAACUGAACCGCAACAGCAGCGCCAGCGAGGCCUGACCUACGCCACCCGCCCACAGGUCGGAAUAUGCAAAUGACCAGCGGCGCCCUUUUUCCGCGUUCUUCGCGCCCGCGACGUCGCGCGUGUGCCUUGUCGCGCCACCGCUCGGCGUCGGUGACUUUUUUGACAUUCCCGCAAUCUUAACUCCGUGACUAUUUAUAUUUGAUCCUUCUAAAUGGACUUUUUAGUGCAAGUUGCAGAGAAGAACAUAUCACAAAAUUAUGAUCAGAAGUGAAUAAUAUAUUUUGUCUUUGUGUUCAAGUCAUUUCACACAAUUGUGACACCAUCAAAUUGUUUGAUUUCUCACCUGAUAUUUGUAUUUUAUGCCAAAUGUAUUUUCUCAAAUCUCUAAUGUGGUUCUAAUUAUAUAUUUUUCAGCUCA